GAGGAGGGCGGCCGCGGCCGCGGCCCUUCCGCGCCCCUCCGCCGGCCGGCAUGGGAGCGGGCGGCCGCGCCGCCAGAGGUUGCUGGGAGGAAAUGAAGCGACCCGCUGACCUUUGCUAAUAAGCAGCACAAACUGAGCCGGUGAUGCUGCAAGGAAGAGAGACCUCAGUGCAGCCCUCUGCCUGUGCUGACGACGCUUUGGAGACGCUGUGAGUCCUGCUGAGCCAGAGCCUUCCCGGCUGGGGCUGAAGGCCGCUGCGGAGGAUGAGGAUCUUUCCCAGCCCUGGGAUGUCUUCGCUGGUCUCCCUCGUGAACCUCCUCACCGUGCUGCUGAUAGGUUGCGUAGCUGAAAGUCCUCCUGUGUUCAUUAAAAAACCCGUGGAUCAAAUUGGUGUGUCGGGAGGGGUGGCCUCCUUUGUAUGCCAAGCGACUGGAGACCCGAAGCCACGGGUCACCUGGAACAAGAAAGGGAAGAAAGUGAACUCCCAGAGGUUUGAGACAAUUGAAUUCGAUGAAAGCGCAGGUGCUGUUUUGAGGAUCCAGCCCCUCCGGACUCCCCGGGAUGAGAACAUAUACGAGUGUGUUGCUCAAAACCCUCAUGGAGAGGUCACCGUCCAUGCUAAGCUCACCGUCCUCCGAGAGGAUCAGUUACCUCCCGGCUUCCCAAACAUUGAUAUGGGACCCCAGCUGAAAGUGGUGGAGCGGACACGAACGGCCACAAUGCUCUGUGCAGCCAGUGGGAACCCAGACCCAGAGAUCACCUGGUUUAAAGAUUUCCUGCCUGUCGACCCCAGCGCCAGCAAUGGGAGAAUAAAACAGCUGAGAUCCGGUGGCUUGCAGAUUGAAAGCAGUGAGGAGACCGACCAGGGGAAGUACGAAUGUGUCGCCAGCAACAGCGCGGGAGUGCGCUACUCUUCACCUGCUAACCUUUACGUGAGAGUUCGCCGUGUGGCCCCUCGCUUCUCCAUCUUACCCGUCAGCCAUGAAAUCAUGCCUGGUGGCAACGUCAACAUCACCUGCGUGGCAGUGGGUUCGCCCAUGCCCUACGUCAAGUGGAUGCAGGGAGCGGAGGACCUGACGCCUGAAGAUGACAUGCCUGUGGGCCGUAAUGUCUUGGAGCUCACAGAUGUCAAGGACUCAGCCAACUACACGUGUGUGGCCAUGUCCAGUCUGGGAGUCAUAGAAGCUGUUGCUCAGAUCACGGUGAAAUCCCUCCCCAAGGCUCCUGGGACGCCGGUGGUGACAGAGACAACAGCAACAAGUAUCACCAUCACCUGGGACUCUGGAAAUCCCGACCCUGUGUCCUACUAUGUCAUUGAAUACAAGUCUAAAAGCCAGGAUGGACCAUAUCAGAUCAAAGAGGACAUCACCACCACACGCUACAGCAUUGGGGGUCUCAGCCCUAAUUCUGAGUAUGAGAUCUGGGUCUCUGCAGUCAACAGCAUCGGACAGGGGCCUCCCAGUGAGUCGGUGGUCACCCGUACUGGGGAACAGGCUCCAGCCAGUGCCCCCCGUAAUGUGCAGGGGCGAAUGCUGAGCAGCACCACCAUGAUUAUCCAGUGGGAGGAACCAGUGGAGCCCAAUGGGCAGAUCCGAGGCUAUCGUGUUUAUUAUACCAUGGAGCCUGAUCAACCCGUGAGCAACUGGCAGAAGCACAAUGUGGACGACAGUCUCCUGACCACAGUGGGCAGCCUCCUGGAGGAUGAAACCUAUACAGUCCGGGUCCUAGCCUUCACCUCUGUGGGAGAUGGGCCUCUUUCCGACCCCAUCCAGGUUAAGACACAGCAAGGAGUUCCUGGGCAGCCAAUGAACUUCCGAGCAGAAGCCAAGACAGAGACGAGCAUCGUGUUGUCGUGGAGCCCUCCCCGCCAGGAGAUCAUAGUGAAGUAUGAGCUCCUCUAUAAGGAAGGAGACCACGGCAGGGAGGUGUCGAAGAACUUCGAGCCAACGACCUCGUUCACUGUGGAAGGCCUGAAGCCCAACACUGAGUAUGUCUUCCGGCUGGCCGCCCGCUCGGCUCUGGGCCUGGGGGCCUUCACCCCGGAGGUCCGAGAGCGCACCUUGCAGUCUAAACCGUCCGCCCCCCCUCAAGACGUAAAAUGCGUCAGCACCAGGUCCACCGCCAUUCUGGUAAGUUGGCGGCCGCCUCCGGCCGAAAGCCAAAAUGGCGUCCUGGCUGGCUACAGCGUCUACUAUCGAGCGCUGGACUCGGAGGACACGGAGCUUAAGGAGGUGAAUGAUAUCCCCCCAACCACCAGUCAGAUCCUCCUGGAGUCCCUGGAGAAGUGGACAGAGUAUCGCAUCACUGUCGUGGCUCGUACGGAGGUGGGGCCGGGCCCGGAGAGCUCGCCGGUCGUCGUCCGAACAGACGAAGAUGUGCCCAGUGCGCCACCUCGGAAAGUGGAGGUGGAGGUCCUGAACUCAACAGCCAUCCAAGUGUUCUGGCGCUCUCCAGUCCAGAACCGCCAGCAUGGUCAGAUUCGCGGCUACCAGGUCCACUAUGUACGCAUGGAGAACGGAGAGGCCAGGGGGUUGCCCCAGAUCAAGGAUAUCAUGCUGGCUGACGCCCAGUGGGAAACAGAUGACACUGCUGAAUACGAAAUGAUCAUUGCUGGGCUCCAGCCUGAGACUGCAUAUUCCAUUACCGUAGCUGCCUACACCAUGAAGGGAGAUGGCGCUCGCAGCAAACCAAAAGUGGUCACCACCAAGGGUGCAGUCCCAGGGAAGCCCAUCCUGUCUGUGCACCAGACAGAGGAGAACACUCUUCUGGUGAAAUGGGAGCCUCCGUUGGAUGCGGAAGGCCAGGUGAUGGGCUACCGGCUCCAGUUUGGCCGCAAGGAUGUCGACCCCCUGGCUACCUUGGAGUUCACAGCCCUGGAGGAUAAGUACACCGCUCCUAGCAUCCACAAGGGCGCCACGUAUGUUUUCAAGCUGGCCGUGAAAAGCCGGGCUGGCUUUGGGGAGGAAGCUGUGCAGGAACUCACUACCCCUGAAGACGUCCCCAAAGGUUACCCCCAAAUCCUCGAGGCGAGCAACAUCACUUCCAUGUCGGUCCAGUUUGGCUGGCUCCCCCCCGUGCUGGCCGAGAGGAAUGGAGCCAUCGUCAAAUACACCGUGGCCUACCGGGAGGCCGGUUCUCCCGGCAACCCGCUGGAAAAAGACCUGCCCCCCUCCCCAGAGAACUCGUACACCCUCAACGGCCUCAAACCCAACACCGCCUAUGAUGUUAAAAUCCGUGCUCACACCAGUAAAGGCCCCGGGCCGUACAGCCCGACUGUCCAGUAUCGGACGUUCCAGCUGGAUCAAGUUUUACCCAAAAACUUCAAGGUGAAGAUGGUGACAAAGACAUCUGUCCUCCUGAGCUGGGAGUUUCCUGAGAAUUACAACUCUCCCACCCCAUACAAGAUCCAGUACAACGGGCUGAACGUUGAUGUGGACGGCCGCACCACCAAGAAACUCAUUACCAACCUGAAGCCCCGCACGUUCUACAACUUUGUUCUCAUGAACCGAGGCAAUAGCAUGGGUGGCUUGCAGCAGAAUGUCGCUGCCUGGACUGCUGCUGACAUGUUAUCUAAGAAGCCAGAGGUGACCCACAAACCUGAUGCUGGUGGCAACGUGGUGGUUAUUCUCCCAGAUGUGAAGAGCUCUGUGCCUGUCCAGGCUUACUACAUUGUGGUGGUGCCUCUGAGGAAGUCCCGGGGUGGGCAGUUCCUGAACCCCUUGGGCAGCCCUGAGGAGAUGGACCUGGAGGAGCUUGUUCAGGACAUUGCCAGGCUCCGGCGUCGAAGUCUGCGUCACUCCCGACAGCUGGACUUCCCCAAGCCCUACAUCGCUGCCCGUUUUCGCUCCCUCCCCUCCCACUUCAUCCUGGGGGACAUGAAACACUAUGACAACUUCGAGAACAGAGCCCUGGAGCCAGGGCAGAAAUACGUCAUCUUCAUCCUGGCAGUGCUCCAGGAACCCGAGGCUACUUUUGCUGCUAGUCCUUUCUCUGACCCCAUCCAGCUGGACAAUCCUGAUCCACAGCCAAUCAUUGAUGGAGAGGAAGGACUGAUCUGGGUCAUUGGGCCCGUCUUGGCCGUGGUGUUCAUCAUCUGCAUUGUCAUUGCCAUCCUACUCUACAAAAACAAGCCAGACAGCAAACGGAAAGAUUCAGAGCCACGGACAAAAUGCCUCCUGAACAACGCUGAGAUCACCCCUCACCACCCUAAGGACCCUGUGGAAAUGAGGCGCAUCAACUUCCAGACUCCAGAUUCUGGUCUGAGCAGCCCUCUCAGUGACCCUGAGUUUGACUUUGAAAGUAUGCUCAGCCACCCACCAAUCCCUGUUUCCGAGCUGGCUGAACACACAGAACAUCUCAAAGCCAAUGAUAACCUGAAAUUAUCCCAAGAGUAUGAGUCCAUUGACCCUGGCCAGCAGUUCACCUGGGAGCACUCAAACCUCGAAGUGAACAAGCCCAAAAACCGUUACGCUAACGUGAUUGCCUACGACCACUCCCGUGUCAUUCUGCUGCCCAUCGAAGGAAUUGUGGGCAGUGAUUACAUUAAUGCCAACUACAUUGAUGGCUACCGGAAGCAGAAUGCCUACAUUGCCACGCAGGGGCCCCUGCCAGAGACCUUUGGAGACUUUUGGAGGAUGGUGUGGGAGCAGCGUUCAGCUACUAUUGUUAUGAUGACUAAGCUGGAGGAGAAAUCACGGAUAAAGUGUGACCAGUAUUGGCCAGGCCGGGGUACGGACACCUACGGAAUGAUUCAAGUGACGUUACUCGAUACCAUUGAGCUGGCAACAUUCUGCGUUCGAACGUUCUCCCUUCACAAGAAUGGUUCCAGUGAGAAGCGAGAGGUUCGCCAGUUCCAGUUCACAGCGUGGCCUGACCACGGUGUACCCGAAUACCCCACUCCUUUCUUGGCUUUUCUGAGGCGGGUGAAAACCUGCAACCCCCCUGAUGCUGGCCCAAUUGUGGUGCACUGCAGCGCGGGAGUUGGACGGACUGGCUGCUUCAUUGUGAUUGAUGCCAUGCUGGAGAGGAUAAAACAUGAGAAGACAGUGGACAUUUAUGGGCAUGUUACCCUCAUGAGGUCACAGCGCAACUACAUGGUACAGACAGAAGACCAGUACAGCUUUAUACACGAUGCCUUGCUUGAGGCGGUUGCUUGCGGCAACACGGAGGUCCCAGCUAGGAAUCUCUACACUUACAUCCAGAAACUGGCACAGAUUGAAGUUGGAGAGCACGUGACAGGCAUGGAGCUGGAGUUCAAGCGACUCGCCAACUCCAAAGCCCACACCUCCAGGUUCAUCAGUGCCAACCUCCCGUGCAACAAAUUCAAGAAUCGCCUUGUCAACAUCAUGCCAUAUGAGACCACGCGGGUCUGCCUUCAGCCCAUCAGAGGAGUGGAAGGAUCAGACUACAUCAAUGCCAGCUUUAUUGAUGGCUACAGACAGCAGAAGGCAUACAUUGCUACUCAAGGGCCUCUGGCAGAGACUACUGAAGACUUCUGGCGGAUGCUGUGGGAGAACAACUCCACCAUUGUUGUGAUGUUGACUAAGCUUCGCGAGAUGGGUCGGGAAAAGUGCCAUCAAUAUUGGCCAGCAGAGCGCUCUGCCCGGUACCAGUACUUUGUAGUGGAUCCAAUGGCUGAAUACAACAUGCCUCAGUACAUUCUGCGAGAAUUCAAGGUCACUGAUGCCAGGGACGGGCAGUCGCGAACUGUGCGUCAGUUCCAGUUCACAGACUGGCCAGAACAAGGUGUGCCAAAAUCAGGAGAAGGUUUUAUCGAUUUCAUUGGGCAGGUGCAUAAGACAAAGGAACAGUUUGGGCAGGACGGCCCCAUCUCUGUCCACUGCAGUGCUGGUGUGGGCAGGACUGGAGUGUUCAUCACGCUGAGUAUUGUCCUGGAAAGAAUGCGUUAUGAAGGUGUUGUAGAUAUUUUCCAGACAGUAAAGAUGCUGCGAACACAACGACCUGCUAUGGUGCAAACAGAGGAUGAAUACCAGUUCUGUUACCAGGCAGCUCUGGAGUAUCUGGGAAGUUUUGAUCACUAUGCAACAUAAAAAGCCAUCCGUUGUGCAGACUCUACCAAACACUUAAGUCCUGGAAGGCCUCUUCUGACCCAGGAGGAGCGCUUGAACUUACAAAACUGAAUCAGAAGAAGUACCUUUUCAUCUGGACAAUGCAUUGGGGAGCAGGGGGAAGGAUGAAAGGAACACCCCUUCAGGAACUCCAUGUUGUAACCUGGACCGUGAAGAGGCAGCUCGGGAGGUUGCUGAAGGACUGCUUUAAGUGGUGAACUGCUCUUGUUACCUCAAGUGGUGUUCGCUGUGGAGGAUGUAUGGACAUCGUGAAACAGACCCGAAAGCUAUAACACACCUUGCGAAAUGUUACCGCUGGAGAAGGGAAGGAAACCGACUUUGGUUACAUCAUUAGAGUUCAGUUUAUUUACUAAUAUAGUUGGCAGUCUUUAAAGGAAGUCACUUGCAGCGUUGAAGGUGUUCUGUAAAAGAUGAGAAAAGAAACAAGCUAAAUGUCAACACUUAGGCAAACUUAGGGCCAAGAGUUCUUCCAGCUGGAGUCUUAAUAAUCUUGGUAUCAACAUUGGGAUGAUUCUGGGCUUACAGGCACCUUGCAAACAGCAUUCACUGAAUGCCCCUGCUGCACGAGAGGUUUUAUAACUCGCAUUUUGAAUACUUGGAACAUUCCUCAUAUUUCUUCUAAUUCCAAAUUUUAUUUUUUAGGAUAUUUAAAAUUAUAGAAAGAAAGGUAUAAACCCCAGACCUGGCUGCGUGGCAUAGCCCCCUCCCCUCACCCACAGGCGGGACAGGUAGAGGUGGCAGCAACCUGGGGCUGGGUUCACUGACUGCUGGUUCUGGGCCCCCUUUUCAGCACAUCCAGCCACUCGAAUGCAUUAAUUUCAGCAGAGCUGGGACCCCACCACCACUCACCCCGGUGGAGCAAGGCAGCCCCUUCCCCAGUCCCUUUGCACAUUCACGCAGACCCGCCUCUGCCGCACGCAGCGGGGCCGCCCCCGGGCAGUUCCUGCCUCCAAAGGCUGGGAGCAGCUUUCUGAAAGGAGCCUGCAGCGCCCUUAAGAAACUUGUUUCCCAAAGCCAACUGCUUCUUGCUGCCAACUCCUCACCUCUGACUGCAGGAGCGACGCGGAGCUACUCUCAGGACUGUCCCAGUACCACGGCACAGCUGUGAACAUGCCCUAGCUGUAUAACUAAUGUGGAAAGAUCAACUAAGAAAGAUGCAUUCAAUGGCAUAUACUGUGAGUGGCUUGCUUUAAAGUAUCAAUGUAACUGUAACAAGUGACAUUACUUUUUUUUUUUAAUAGUGUAUUUUUUCCCUUUUUUUUUAAAAAAAGACAGAAUAUCAGUCGAUGAAUUUAAAAGAAAAAUUUGCUUAUUUGUUCAUAUUAUGUUCAAAGACAGUCUAUUUUUUCACUGUAGAAAUGUUACGUGUAAUGGCUGUGAUAUAUAAAAAUGCAGUGCGAAUUGCUACUUCUACAUAUUGCUUUUCUACCAUUUCAAAGGUUCGACUUGCUCAUGUAAGAACAAAAUGUCCUUUCUGGAUAUUUUUUUUUGUUUGUUUUCAUUUUCGUUUUGUUUUGUUUGUUUUCAAGCUCAGACAUAUCAGGUGGCUCGGGAAGGGCGGGAGCCCAGCAGGCAGGCGUAGCUGGGGCGGCGGUGCCAACGCUCCCCUUCUGCUGUGGCCGCGUUGUUGCCCGGUCUUAGCAGGGCCGGUGCUGAACCGGGAGAGCGAACAAGCCAAGUAAGUGUCUUAUAACUGAAGCUGAACGGCAGCAAUUUCAGCCCCACGGCGCCCACACGGGCCUUAAACAGCAAAGGUGUCGUGUGGGACCAGCCCAGGUGUCUGCGCGGGGCUGGAGCCCCGCGGCUCCUGCGCAUCGCCCGGGGCCGGGCGGGUUCGCGCAGCGGGGCCCAGCCUGCCGCGGCGGCGCCGCGCUGCCCCGAGCGCUGCUCGCCUGGGACCUGCCCUUCUUUAUUUUUCCAAAAGGGUGAUGGUGGCCAUCCAGCGCGACCCGGAAGACCCUGCAACACUCUCUUUCCUGUCUUUAACUGAGGGAAAAACAAAAAAAAAAGACUGAACGAAAGGCUUCUUCAAGGUUUUCCUUCUUAUUUGUGUGAAAGUUGCCCAAAUUUCUAAGUAUGUUGCAGCAAAAAUCUUACUGGAAGCGUUUGGGGCGGGGGGGGAGGUUUUUUUUUUUCCUUUGUAUGAGAGCAAAGUGCUGUUGCUUUCACACUGUUAUUUCAAACUGAAACAGUAAGUGGUUUUCAUGCCACUGUGUAUGUAGAUAUAUUGACUUUGUAUUAAAGGAAGAUUGUCUGAAA